CUCAGCCCGCCGCCUUGCGGCCCACGUGUCUGGGCGCAAAGAGGGCCCCCAAAGUUCUCCACUGAGACAGAGAAAGACUGCACGAGACGGAGACGUAGAGAGAAAAGAGGAGGAGGAGAGACACAGAGAGGGGAGGAGGGAGGACAAGAAUGAGAGAGGAGAAUGCAGAAGACCCGGGAGAGGAGGCGAGCUACAGAAAUUGACCCUAGGGGCGUUGGGAGGGAGGGAGAGGGGGAGCGGAGAGGGAUCGAAUGGGUCUGGCCUUAGGUUCUCUGGCGUCUUGGGGAAGGGGUGGAGGCCGGACUAUCCCAGCGGCGGGAUUCCGACGCCUGCGCGGCCGCGCUGAGUCUCGGUCGGGUCGGCCCGCUCUCCCUUUCCUGCUGGUCGCAGAUGCUGAAGCCGCUUGUGGAGAAGCGGCGCCGGGACCGCAUCAACCGCAGCCUGGAAGAACUGAGGCUGCUGCUGCUGGAGCGGACCCGAGACCAGAACCUCCGGAACCCGAAGCUGGAGAAAGCAGAGAUACUGGAGUUCGCCGUGGGCUACUUGAGGGAGCGAAGCCGGGUGGAGCCCCCGGGUGUUCCCCGGUCCCCAGCCCAGGACGCCGAGGCGCUCGCCAGCUGCUACUUGUCCGGCUUCCGCGAGUGCCUGCUUCGCCUGGCGGCCUUCGCGCACGACGCCAGCCCGGCCGCCCGAGCCCAGCUCUUCUCCGCGCUGCAAGGUUACCUGCGCCCCAAGCCGCCCCGGCCGGAACCGGUAGAUCCGAGGCCCCAAGCGCCGCGCCCACCGCUGGACCCCGCCGCCCCAGCGCCCGGCCCCGCGCUGCACCAGCGCCCCCCAGUGCACAAGGGCCUCCCUAGCCCGCGCUGCGCAUGGUCCCCGUCCCCCUGCUCCCCCCGAGCCAGGGAUUCCGGCGCGCCGGCCCCCCUCACCGGACUGCUGCCGCCGCCGCCGCCGCCGCCGCCGCCGCCGCCGCCGCCGCCGCCGCCGCCUCACAGACAAGACGGGGCGCCCAAGGCCCCGCCGCCCCCGCCGCCCGCUUUCUGGAGACCUUGGCCCUGAGCU